GUCAGCGCCCGGGACCCAGCCGCCGCCGCCUCUCUGCCGCGCCCUUUGCUUCCCAACCAUGGACCCCCGCAAAGUGAACGAGCUCCAGGCCUUCGUGAAGAUGUGUAGGCAGGACCCAAGCUUCCUGCACACCGAGGAAAUGCGCUUCCUGAGGAAGUGGGUGGAGAGCAUGGGGGGUAAGAUACCACCUGCAACCUACAAAACUAAAUCAGAAGAAAAUGCCAAGGAAGAAAAAACAGAUAGUAACGAGACGGAGGAAAACAUAAAGACAGAUGAACUAUCAAGUGAGGAAAGUGAUCUAGAAAUAGAUAAUGAAGGUGUGAUUGAACCAGAUACUGAUGCUCCUCAAGAAAUGGGAGAUGAAAAUGUAGAGGUAACUGAGGAGAUGCUGGAUCAGGCAAAUGAUAAAAAAGUGGCUGCCAUUGAUGCCCUAAAUGAUGGUGAAUUUCAGAAAGCAAUUGAGUUAUUCACAGAUGCCAUCAAGCUAAAUCCUCGAUUGGCAAUUUUAUAUGCCAAGAGAGCCAGUGUCUUCAUCAAAUUACAGAAGCCAAACGCUGCCAUCCGAGACUGUGACAGAGCUAUUGAAAUAAAUCCUGACUCAGCUCAACCCUAUAAGUGGAGAGGGCUGGGCCAUUGGGAAGAAGCAGCCCAUGACCUUGCUCUUGCAUGUAAAUUGGAUUAUGAUGAUGAUGCUAGUGCAAUGCUGAAAGAAGUUCAACCAAGGGCCCAAAAGAUUGCAGAACAUCGAAGAAAGUAUGAGCGAAAACGUGAAGAGCGAGAAAUCAAAGAACGACUAGAAAGGGUUAAGAAAGCUCGUGAAGAACAUGAGAGAGCACAAAGGGAGGAAGAUGCCAGAAGACAAGCAGGAGGAGCCCAGUAUGGAUCAUUUCCAGGUGGCUUUCCUGGGGGAAUGCCUGGAAUGGGUAAUUUUCCUGGAGGAAUGCCUGGAAUGGGAGGGGCCAUGCCUGGAAUGGCAGGAAUGCCUGGACUUAAUGAAAUUCUUAGUGAUCCAGAGGUUCUUGCAGCCAUGCAGAAUCCAGAAGUUAUGGCGGCCUUCCAGGACGUUGCUCAGAACCCAUCAAAUAUGUCAAAAUAUCAGAACAACCCAAAGGUUAUGAAUCUCAUCAGUAAAUUGUCAGCCAAAUUUGGAGGUCAAUCCUAAGGCCCUUCUGACAAAACCCUUGUUAAAGGAAACACAACUUAGAUCACUUAAUGGAUGUCGCAAUAAUACAAAACAGUGUACCUCUGACCUUCUUAUGAAGAAAGCUGGGGUGCUUGGAAGAUAAUCCCUACCCUCUGCCCCAAAUGCAGCUUAGAUUUUACAUUGGUUUGCCAUUAGAAUGUUCAUUUGAAAUAAUGUUUUCCUAUUAGGAUUUACAAAUUUUAAAUACUUUUAAAACUCUACAAAUAUUCUAAGCAAAAGUGUAUGUUACUUUUUCCUCUACUGAUCAUUUUGUUAUUUUUUCUUUGAAUUAGAAAAAGUAUACUUCAA